UUUUUUGCUUCUGAGGUCAUGUCAGCAUUAAUACCCUUUCUACUGAUGUCUUUUGGGAUUGCGUCAUCAGAUAUCUCGGCAGAGGAUGAAUGUCGUUUCGAGUUGUCAGAGCUGAGAGCAAGAAUACAGAAACUUGAUUACAAGUUUAUAAUGGGAGAAUGGCAGAUGGCACAUUUGCGCGCUCACCGACGUUCCACAUUGGUUCCAAAAUUUGAACCACCGGCGAGCAAAAACAAGACUACCGAACCUGUACUGACACUGCCGAGUACCGGUGGAAACUUGCUCGUUCACGACAGAGAUUGUUCUGAGCUAUUCGACAGAUUAAGAGCAGAAAGUGGGUUCUAUAGGAUCAAACCCAAACAAGCCCUUGAGCCUUUCUUAGUAUACUGCGACAUGGAAGAUGGAGGAGGCUGGACAGUUGUGCAGAAACGUCGCAACGGGAAAGUGGAUUUCCACAGAGACUGGGAAGAUUAUAAGAAUGGAUUUGGUCAUUUCAAAUUAAGUAAAGAUGAGUUUUGGCUGGGCAAUGAUCAUAUUCACACCUUGCUGAGUCAGGGUGAAAAUGUGAUGAAGAUUGAUUUGUUGGACUGGAACGGUGAAAAAUCUUAUGCAGUAUAUGACAAGUUCAGAGUGGCCAGUGAAAAAGACAAGUACAGGCUGCACUUUGGGAUGUACAGUGGCCGGGCUGGGGAUGCUCUUUCCGGUGGGAGCAGCAUGGUGGAGCAGUGGUCGGCCUCCCACAGUGGCAUGCAGUUCAGCACCAGGGACGAGGAUAACGACCGCUACCUGCAGGGAAGCUGUGCCGAGGAGAACAAGGGAGGCUGGUGGUUCAACAGGUGCCAUGCUGCCAACCUGAAUGGCCGCUUUUAUCGAGGGGGAAAUUACACAGCCAGAUAUGAUAAUGGAGUGGUGUGGGGCACUUGGCGAGGGCUCUGGUACUCGCUCAGACACACGACCAUGAAGGUGAGGCCCAUGACUUUUAUGGACAGCCUGGGCAGCGGAGCAGGACCGGGAGACUAGACGCCAACCAAGGGUAUCAUUGCUUUCUUUCAUCAUGGGGGACCUGAUAGGGGACUCCAAGCUGCAACAGUAUGUUCUAUGAAUAAUUAGCAAAAGAGCAGAUUUGAAAAGAUAAAUCUCAACAUAACCUUCAGUCAAAUGUUCUUUUGGGUCAUUAAAAAAACAUUUACUAAUAUUCAGUAGGAAGUUCCUUCUUGAAGCAUGUGAUGUUAUCAAGCAUACAUUACUAACACAUAUUUAAUCUUUAUUGUGCAUGAAAGUAAACAAGCAUCCAAACUC